AUGGAGCACCAUCUACUCCAUAACCCUCAAGAAUGGGAUGCAACAAACCCCUUCAGCUCGGGCCCUCUGACCCUCACUCAUGUGCCAUGUGUGGCCCCCAAAUUGCCCCUCAACAAGGAGAGCAUACUGAUUCUACAGAGAGCACUCUCCGAGUGUGUAGACUUGCAGUCACAGUUUAUGGACAUUCGUCGUUUGGUGUGGGUGGAAGCACUCAAUCUAUGUGACUACCUUUUAUGUACCCAGAAUGCAGGUUCCGCAAAUGUAGCGUUUUAA